AUGGACGAGACUGGCGUCAUGCUUUCCAAGCUCAACUCUGUCAAAGUCAUAGUGGGCAAGGAUAGCAAGCGAAGCUACAGAGGCGCGCGUGUCAAGCGCACAACGGUGACUGCCCAUCGAAUGCGUGAGUGCCAACGCUUCAGGACACACGAAACCCUUAAGAUCUUGGAGUUCUGUUUCGAAAACAACAUCACCUUGUGUCGUAUCCCUUCUCACACCUCCCACAAGCUCCAGCCUUAUGACAUCUCGGUUUUUGGCCCACUAAAGGCAGCAUAUCGUGACCAGGUCGAACAACCAAAGCGAGGAGGUGAAAGAGCACUCACAUCCAGGAACAUACGAGCCGGAUGGGCCAAAGCCAGUUUGUUCUCCUUCAACCCUGACAGGGUACUCAGUGAUACACCGAAGCCUGCUGCUGAACUAGCCGUUCCGAAAAUCAACGAGGUGGAUUCCUGUGCGCAAGACCGCGUACCGCAAACGCCCCUGACGCCAGUGUCAGCAGAAGCUGUUACGUCGCUACAUAAUCUGAUUAAACAGGAUGCUGAUAUGCUUGACGAGACGAGCAAACAGCGCCUUGAGAGGCAUGUACAGAAGCUUACGAACGCCGCCCAACUGUCCUUUGCCGAGCGUGCUCUCCUUCAGGAGCACAACCAAUUCUUGUUCCAAAUAAACAAUGAAGCCAAAGUUCGCCGUUCGACCAAGCCAGAAAUGCUGGGGACCGCGAGAGUGAUGAGCUAUGAGGACCUCGAGAAGGCGCGAGCCGAUCGUGCUGCGAAAGAGAUCGCGAAAGAAGCUAAGAAGGCUACGAGAGACGCUAAAAAGGCUGCAAAAGAGGCUAAGAAAGUCGGUAUACCUGAGGCUAAGAAAACCAGCGCGGGCAGGGCAAAACGUGGUCGGAAGCGCAAGAGUCCUGCGGAGGUAUAUGCGCCGGAACUAAAGGCCAGGUUGGCACAGAUGAACGCAAUACAGAUUGCGGAGGACGAAACUGCGCCAACACCAUGGAUGGUCCCGGUGGCGCAGAUGUAA